CCCUCCGUCGGCUCGUUGUGUGCGCCGCACGCCGCACGCCGCGACAACACACGCGAUCGUCGCCUUUGUUUAUUGUUGGACGCGUGCUCUUACAGCUGUUGUCAGUGCUGCACCGCGACUUGCCGCAGUGCUGUUCUUCUCAGUGUUUUGUUUUAUUAGUGCACAACCUGUGGUGUUUCUGUGACCUGUGUGUGUAGAUGGGGCAAACAGAGUGCCCUUAGAGUUACCGGUGUGGAGCGACCGACACCUCCGUCUACCUAACUGGCUGUGAGAAGCUCGGUCAUGGCGGCCACGGCCAGGCGCGAGAUAGACACAGGCGAGGAGGAUAUAGCCGCCAUCGCCAAACAGAUUUCAGACCAUGCCGAAGCCAUUUAUCAGACUUGGAAGGCGCGUGGCCUCGCACCCACGGAAAUAUUGUCGUGCAGGCCUACGCCCGGAAUCAAAUUGGCAGAGAGUCUGAGGACUAAACCUAGGCCUGAGCCUAAACCCGAAAUAAAACAGAGACCCGACUUUAGACAGGUUCAUCGCCCGGACGCGGCUAGGGAACAAAGACCAGACGUACGUAGAGAACAGAGAGUCGACACACGUCGUGAAAAUUUUGAGCCAGAAGCAGAGACUAUAGAGGUGAUGCUACCUCCAGACUUAGUACCAGAACGUAAUGGUACAGCAGGCGCCGGCGCAGGCGCGAGGCGAGCCGACCCCGCUGCCAUGCGUCUCGAGGUCGCUCGCGAGGAGGAGCGCCUGCUGCGGGCGCUGCGCACCGGAGGCGUGGUGGCAGAGCGCACUGCGGAGAGACCCGACGUGGUCCCGCCGCUGUCACUGGUAGACUAUGCCAAGAGUAGAUACCAGGACAGGCUGGACACGGGGGCUAGGAAGCCGGCCGCUGGUGCCAGUGGCGAGCGCCGAGCGUCUCUGGGUUCCCAUGUGACAGAGGCACGCUCUAAGUUUGAAGCGCGAGCACGUCGUGCGUCUAGCGCUGGCGCCGGUGAGCCCGCCUCCGCAGCGGGAGGAGCGACACCUGUGCGUCCGUUCCUCACGCGUGGAUCAGUUGCAGAACGAGUGCUUAUGUUUGAACGAUGUCCAAGUGAGGCCACACUUGAACUAGCUAAAAGGAAAUCUCCAGCAGCCACGACUUGGCGGGGACCACACGAUGUCAUCAAUAGAGCACAGAGUUACGCAGCAUCAACACCUCCGAAGCCUUCAUCAGCACCUCCUCACACGACACUACAGCGCAGUGUGCGAGGGGCGGCCAGCAGUGGAGCCCCAGCUCGAGUCAUCCCAAGGUUCCACUUCCCCAAAGGCAGACCACCACCAGCCCACCAACAGGACCAUGCUCUUCACAAAGUACAGUCUGCCUUCGCCACCUUCCCAAAUAGUCAGGUCCCCCGCGACAGCUUCAAGCACAUAGUGAAAGCAUGCGAGUGCCCUCUGUACUGGAAGAUGCCGCUGUUCCUCGCCACACAACAGAACCUCCACGUGCCUGUCGACGGACACAAGUUCAUCGAUUUCUGGAGAGAAAUGGCGUCACAGUGUCACGACAUGGCGUCCCGCUUCGUAUACAUCCUGACACGAGGGAAGAGCAACACAUUAGCGCCUGAAGACUUCGUUCCUCUAGUGCAGGAUGUCGUCGACACACACCCCGGCCUCUCCUUCCUCAAGGAGGCCACCGAGUUCCACUCACGAUAUGUGCAUACUGUGAUCGCUAGGAUAUUUUACUGCGUGAAUCGAACUUGGUCCGGCAGAAUAUCGAUCCCCGAGCUGAGAAGAUCGAAUCUACUUCAAGUGAUACAAUUGUUAGAGGACGAAGAAGAUAUUAAUCAAGUCACACAAUAUUUUAGUUACGAGCAUUUCUACGUGAUCUAUUGUAAAUUCUGGGAGCUAGACAGAGACCACGACUUAUUCAUAGACAAGCACGAUCUCGCGAGGCAUAAUGACCAUGCGCUAUCAAGCCGUAUGAUCGAGCGGGUGCUAUCAGGGUGCGUGACGCGCGGCAACCAAAACCGCCUAACUCCGGACGGGGAGCCUCGCAUGUCAUACACGGAGUUCGUCUGGUUCCUCCUGGCUGAGGAAGACAAGACACAUCCUACGGCGAUCGAGUAUUGGUUCAGAUGUAUGGACGUGGACGGCGACGGCUACAUCUCGAUGUACGAGCUAGAAUACUUCUACGAGGAGCAGAUGCAGAGGAUGGAAGCCAUCGGCAUCGAAACCCUGCCCUUCAACGACUGCUUGUGUCAGAUGCUUGACAUGGUGCACCCUGCAGAGGAAGGCAAGGUGACCCUGUCGGACCUAAAGCGAUGCAAGCUGACGCCGAUAUUCUUCGACACGUUCUUCAACCUUGAAAAGUAUUUGGACCAUGAACAACGUGAUCCUUUCGCCACGCAGAGAGACUCCGAUUGUGAGAUGUCAGAAUGGGACAGAUUUGCAGCGGAAGAGUACGAGCUGUUAGUCGCCGAGGAGGGCGGUAGUGACGCACAAGACCAAAUCUCGUACGAUGAGACGGACGAGGACUGUUUAUCGCCAAACCUAGACGACAUCACCAACACGGAGGUCAUCGAAGACUCGAGCGUCGAGGAGUCCACGCUCAGCGAAUGCGGGGCGGCGCGACACCCACGCCCUAUAGCCGCGCAGGGCGCCGCGCCUGCACCCGCGCCGGCGCCCGGCGCUGGCUACGUCAACCUCAGCUCCAUCUACUCCAUCGGCAGCGACCGCUGGGCUAACAACACCGCCCCACCCUCUAAAAAUGGUAUCACCGACAAAAAGCUCCCCGAGAAGCCUGUCCCUCCUGAAAAGCCAGUCAGCCUCAUGAUGGUCAAUGGCAAAAUGGACAAUCGGUACGCUGGCUUCGGUAACAACAGCUUCCUGUACUCGCAGCUCGUGGGCUCAAGUGGUGCGCGCGCUAAAGAUCCACCUUCGUAUACGGCAGCCACUAGUGGUGCCCUCUUCGACAAAUCUGUUGAACCCAAAAAGACUGUCACGUCUCCAGUGAAACCCAAAUCACCUGUUACGAGUCCCGUGAAUGGUGUCAAUAAAAUCUCAGACAAUUAUGAGCGAGCGGUCGCGGAGCGUCUCAGCCCACAGAAGGAGAUCUCCAGGCUGAACCGCAGCAGUCUGUUUAGUAAAGUAAAUACCGGAGUGGUCUCCAGCAAAGUGAAGAAAAAAUCUGCCCGCCAGGAUGAGGAGGAUGAGGACUACGCGCGCGAUAGCGACGAAUGUUCCAUUUAGGAAUCGCUAACCCAGUGAUGUUGCCAUAUGCAAUAAUAAAACGGUUUGUUUCAGUGAACACCAAAGAUUACACGAUGAACGUGCAAUUCGUGAGACGUUAGAUUACCUACCUUACCUGAUAUCAAAUUAGAAUAGAUGUGUAAUAUUGUCUGCCGUUAAUUGAAACAGAGAAAUAUUUUUUCAGCGUAUCCUAGUGGUUGAUACGUGCCUUGUGUCAGUGUAGCGAGUUAGACGAUGCCGCGUUCAGACGUUAGUCGAUUAGUGUGGUUAGAAAACUAAAGUGCAUUAUCCUGAACUAAAGAAACUGUUCUUUAACGGAACCUUGUGUAGUAUCGCAUAGACUAGUGUCAGCAUUUGAAUAGUAUAAUAUUUAUGUAUGUAUUGUUUUAAUUUUAUGUCUCAAAUUAACCAUAUCAAACAAUGAUAUUUUUGU